AUGCCAUUAGUGCUGCAACUAUCCAGCGCAUCGGCGCUCAAUAUAUCCAUACUAUCCUCGGAUUUCUAUUCACUAAUGUUUGGCAUCUAUUUAUUUCGCUUCAAAUUUCACUGGCUUUACGUCGCCUCCUAUGUCGCGGUGAUCACCGGCUUUUUGGUGUACUUCUUAGAGCCCACCCAACCCUCCCGUACCGCCGCUCAAGACAAUGACUUUCACGAGACACACGUGAAUAGUGACUAUCGUCGUGAUAUGGAUAUACAGCCUGUGAUGACCAUCACCGGCGACUAUAUGGGCGAUGAGGAUACCACCGGUGCUUACAAUCAGUAUAACUCUCAGUACAAUAUGAUAAGUGUUAGUGAUCUGCAAAAUACAUACAUGACUGCAGUUAAUGUUCAUUCACGCGAUGAAUUCAAUGGUAAACCCAUCGACUGA